UAACGACAGGUUCAAUGGGCAACUAUCUGCUUGAGUCAACGCUUCGCAGCCCACGCCGAACGGGACCCCGAGAACGAGGAGUCAGUUCAGUGUGGCGGCAGCCGUCGGGGAGGAGGGUACCGUCGCUUGUGGCUCAGGAGGCGCGGAAGAAGGGCGGUCGGAAGGAAGCCAUGACCAGCGUGUUCACUUCCCGGCUCUGACUUCAACACCAACAUUGCUGACCAACAUAACAUUCCCACGCCGCCUUAUAUCCCUGACUACGCUGCCACUCUGCUGACUCCACUGACGUCACGCUGCUGCUGCUCAUCCGCCUCCGCAUCCCGCUGCAGAACGCUUAACUUAGCCAAAAAUAGGAAGGAUAUGAAUCGGACACGCACGAAUUUCCCGCCAUCAGUGACGUCAUCAAGAUGAGUGACGGCGGUGGAAUGAGGGUGGCGUCGCGGGUGGCGGCGGCGCUGUUCCUCCUGACGGUGUCCGUGGGGGUGGCGCUGGCCUCGGGGGGCGGCAGUGGAGGCCACGGGGCAGCAGCGGCAGGGUCGGAGGCCGCGGACAACGCCACCAACGCGACCUGUCCCACGGACACGGGCCACGGGUCCACGGGCAUCAAGGUGGUGUCGGUGCGAUGGAAGGAGGUGGGCGUCUACUUCACCAUCACCUCCUUCGUCAUCAUUGCAGGCCUCGCCAAGCUGGUCUUCCACCAUCUGCAUUGGCUAUCCAGCAAGGUGCCAGAAUCCUGCGUGUUGGUCGUCCUGGGAAUGGCUCUUGGACUCAUUGUUUAUUUUGCCACCAAGAACAAAGAUACAACGCAGGUGUGUGACCACGAUGUUCCUUUACCUCACUUCACCUCCGACAUGUUCUUCUUCAUCCUCCUGCCCCCCAUCGUCCUGGAGUCCGCCUACAGCCUCCACGACAGAGCCUUCUUCGACAAUCUUGGCACUGUGUUGGUCUUCGCUCUAGUGGGCACCCUCUUCAACAUCGCAACCAUUGGCCCAACACUCUACGGCCUCAAUGCACUAGGAGCGAUGGGCUACAUCAACUUCACAUUCAUGGAGGGUCUGGUCUUCUCAUCGCUCAUCUCCGCAGUGGAUCCUGUCGCUGUACUCGCUAUCUUCCAGGAGCUGGGCGUCAACAAGGACCUCUACUUCCUUGUGUUCGGGGAGUCGCUGCUGAAUGACGGCAUGACGGUGGUGGUCUACAGCACGAUGACGUCUUUCAUGUCCAUGGAGGAGGUGACGGGCGUGCAGUACGUGCUGGCGGUGGUGGCCUUCAUGGUGGUGGUCUUCGGCGGACUCUUCAUCGGCGUCAUCUUCGGUUGUGUCACGGCGCUCGUCACCAAGUCAACCACCGAUGUGCGAGUGGUGGAGCCCCUCGCCCUCCUCGGCCUCUCCUACCUGAGCUACCUGACGGCUGAACUCUUCCACUUCUCAGGCAUCAUCAGUCUCAUCGUGUGUGGCCUCAUCCAGGCUCACUAUGCCUUCCAGAACAUCUCGCAGAAGUCCUACACCUGCGUCAAGUACUUCACCAAGAUGGCCAGUGCCACCAGCGAUACGGUCAUCUUCAUGUUCCUGGGCAUGGUGCUGGUGAGCGACGAACACAUCUGGCACACCGGCUUCGUGCUGUGGAGUGUGUUCUUAUGCUUCGUGUACAGGUUCAUCGGAGUCUUCAUGCUGACGGGUAUCAUGAACAACUACCGGGUGAAGAAGGUCGGCCUGGAGGAGCAGUUCAUCGCGGCGUACGGCGGCCUGCGUGGCGCCGUGGCCUUCUCCCUCGUCAACAUGCUGAAUGAGUCACUGCCCCCUCGACGCAUCUUUGUCACAGCCACCCUCGUCGUCAUCCUCUUCACUAUCUUUGUACAGGGCACCACCAUCAAGCCGCUGGUGGGGCUGCUACAGAUCCAGAAGCACCGAAAGGGCAAGAAGAACCUGAGCGAGGAGAUUAACGACACCACCAUGGAUCACAUAAUGGCCGGCGUGGAGGAGAUCCUGGGCCAGCACGGAGACUUCUACCUCAGGGAGCUCAUCGUCCACUACAAUGACCGAUAUCUUCGUAAGUGGUUCCUGCGCUCCACCUGUGAAUCCAAGCUGACCAGACUCUUCGAAAAGAUCGCCAUCUCAGAGCACUACGCCCACCUGUACGGCCCCGUGGCGAUGAUCGAGGACAAUGUGAAGCCCUUCGGUCCGCCCAUCUCCACUGUCUCCACACAAAACAGGGCGCGCACCAACUCCACCUUCGGCACUGCACAUAAGGAAGAAAUUCUCUCCCACCCUGAGUACACCAUGGAGAAGGACACUUACGACCAGGUGGAGGACGUCAUCGCAGAGUCUCCUGAAGGCAGCGUACAGAUGCGCAAGAAGUACUCCAUCAUCCCCAUCAGGCAGGGCAGGGUAUCCUCGGAGGUGUCGAGAACAUCCAGCGUAGGUCACACGCCAGCGCAGGACGCACACAUCCUACGCAAAGCCUUCCGCAGCAACCCAUACAACAAGCUGCACUACAAGUACAACCCCAACCUGGUGGGGGAGGAGGACCAGGAGCUUGAAGAACACCUCAACCGCCGCCACCUCAAUGCCCGCCGCUUCACCCACCUGGCCACCUCCACCCGGCGGUCGACCAUCGCUGUGCCGCCGCGCAAGAGAACAACAUCGGAGGGCAGCGGCCUAACUGAAGGCGUGCAAGAGCUGGUGCAACGCCACAACCUGAGACGUCAGUCCAUGAGGCAGCUGCGGGGAGGCCGCCAGCCACUCCAGGGCUGUUUCUCCUCCCCUGAGCCUGGCAGCUGGUCACCCGCCUCACCAGGAGUCCUGCGUGCCCUCCAGGAGAUGGUAGAGCCAGAUGCCCCCCCAGAGGACACCACCACCUCCCCCAAGACACCCCAGUCCACCCCCAGUGACCGAGUGGCCUCCCCAUGGAGCUGGAACAGCCCAGAGAAGACAAGAGAUACCAUGGCUGAGCGUGCCGGGUCAGUUGACACCCAGCCCAGGGAGCAGCAAGCGGAGGAGGAGGUGCCUCUCGUCAAUGUGUCGAGGGCAGGGCAGGAUGCUCAGCACACUCAGCAACACUCCUCAGACAAGGUGUAGCAAGUGGACAGUGGACAACUGCUGCAGUGCUUCAGUGUUGAUUGUAAAGUCUUCGAUAGUGACAAUGUGACUUGUUAUGCUCUGGUAUGUCACUGGGUGUUCUACACCCUCAAGGAUCCUAAACUUGCUGCCUGUGCUGUGUGGAAACUUGAUAACAAUAUCAUGCACAGGAUUGCACAGGAAGUUUGUUCUCAAGGGACAGGACACCACAAGACUCAGGGCUACACACUGCACACAUGUAUGUACAGUUCUGCCAUUAAGUGUACACAUGUUUCAACUGUGAUUCUUCUUUGCAUGACAAGGGAAAGCUUCAUAAGCUUACUGAUAUGGCAUGAGCCAAAUGACGCCUUGACAGGAUAUUUCUAGAGCUAGAAGACUAACAAUAAGCCAAAAAUAUCUGACUGAGCAAAACACUGAACGGUGAAACUAACACAUGCAUAACUGGAUCUUCACAAGGACGAUUGUGGUAGGUGAGUGGAUCUGUAGAAUCAAACUGUGUCCUGCUGUUUUUUAGGAGUCAAGUUGUUUUCACCCCACUGUAAGACUGGUGCUUCCUUGUGUCCGCUCUGGGCACUCCUCUCUGAGCGGACAUGCCGCAGCUGUGUUGGUGCAUGGCAGAGGACAAGGUAGCCUGACACAAGAUAGUAUAAGAAAAAUACCCCAAAUUUAAAAUGUAUAUGUAUAAUAGUACAUUUGCCCUUGGACAUUAAGCAGACACAAGCCUGCUUAGUGGCAGUCAACUUCUGUCAGCCUUCAGCCAGCCCAGUUUGGAUGACAGUGAUGUAGUGUGUGUUUACCUUCACUCAUCCACUCUCCAAUAAGUACUCACACCACGAAAAAGGUUCUACUGGAAAACUUGGCAGAGGUAUAAAAAUUAAGUUGUCUAAGUACUGAUGUUUCUUAUUUUUCUCCUGACAGCUUUGAUCAUGUUCAUGUAAGGUCAGUGUUUUGAGGUUGUUCCCUCCCUGAUGUCUGGCACUGGGGUUUGAACUGACUCGCCCCCUUGCUCUUCACUUCCAUGGCUUGACACUGACUGACCCACUAAACCACCUAUGUCACGUUCAUCAGUAUUUUGACAAAUGGUUAGUUUUAUACCUCACCAAGUUUCCAUGGUAACCUCUUUGCUGAUGCAAAGACUCCAUAGCUGGGAAAAAGGACACAAAAAUCCAUGGGCAUACAUAACCUGCUUGACCUCAUUUUGGCGUGAGGACAGCAAACCUCACUCCACUCCCCAAACCAUCCCAUCUCUCCCUGCACUGCCCAACAGACUAAAUGUGAAGACAUUGUAACUAUAUUAACGAAGUUAUAGUUAACUACACUAAUAAUUAACAUGUGUGCAUUGUGUGAAAGUAAUUUUGAUACUAUAUUUUGUGUACAGUUAUGAUUAUGAGCUGUGUGAAGAGUAUGACUGAGGAUGUUAACUUGUUCAGACUUUUAAUGUGAUGUUUAUGAAGUAUAUAUAUAUAUAUAUAUAUAUAUAUAUAUAUAUAUAUAUAUAUAUAUAUAUAUAUAUAUAUAUAUAUAUAUAUAUAUAUAUAUAUAUAAACAAUUGAGAACAUCUACUUGGUAAGAUGCUUUAGUUUUUUAAUAUCUUAUGCUGCCAUUCUGUACAUGGGUUCCCCAAAAUCUGAAAUCUGUUAAUCUCCCGGGUCACCUUCAUUGUUGAGUCACUGUCAGGAAGCUCUCAGACCCAGAGACCAUCAGCUGUAGGACCUGCAGUGACUUGGGACACUGAAAGGAGUGACUGAAGUUGGUUGGUGAUUGUUUUGCCUCCUCAAUGUUUUCCUAAAGUUUGAAUUCCACUGAGGCAAGCAUUAAGAUUUUCCCUGUUACCUGCCUUCACACCAGCCCAGGCAACCAUGAAACAUGUUGCUAGAAUGUUGCCUACGUGGAAUUGCACCUUUGGGCAACAUGUCGUGUUGUUGAAAGUCUUGUUCAACAAAAAUGUAGAAAGCCAGGCAAGUUGCAUGCAACAUGUUGCCUCAGUGGUGACACCUUAACUCUUCCUCUGAAAUUACCGCGUCAUAUCAUCUAUAACGGUUUUGUUUAAUGUGUAAAUAUCAUAACCUAAGGCAUUGUAUAUCCUGUUACUAUGACAAUUAAUAAAAUCAAUAAUAAA